AUGGACGCCGCUCUGCUCCUGAACGUGGAAGGGGUCAAGAAGACCAUCCUGCACGGGGGUCUGGGGGAGCUCCCAAACUUCAUCACCGGAUCUCGAGUGACCUUUCAUUUCCGCACCAUGAAAUGCGACGAGGAGCGGACGGUGAUCGACGACAGCAAGCAGGCGGGGCAGCCCAUGCACCUGAUCAUCGGGAACAUGUUCAAGCUGGAGGUCUGGGAGCUCCUGCUGACGUCCAUGCGGGUCCGCGAGGUGGCUGAGUUCUGGUGUGACACCAUCCACACGGGCGUCUACCCCAUCCUGUCCCGGAGCUUGCGGCAGAUGGCGGAGGGCAAGGACCCCACCGAGUGGCACGUGCACACGUGCGGGCUGGCCAACAUGUUUGCCUACCACACGCUGGGCUACGAGGACCUGGACGAGCUGCAGAAGGAGCCGCAGCCUCUGCUCUUCGUGAUUGAGCUGCUGCAGGUGGAGGCCCCCAGCGAGUACCAGAGGGAGACCUGGAACCUGAGCAACGCCGAGAGGAUGCAGGCAGUGCCCAUCCUUCACGGAGAAGGAAACCGGCUCUUCAAGCUGGGCCGCCACGAGGAGGCCUCCGCCAAGUACCAGGAAGCCAUCGUCUGCCUGAGGAACCUGCAGACCAAGGAGAAGCCCUGGGAGGCGCCGUGGCUGAAGCUGGAGAAGAUGAUCAACACCCUCACCCUCAACUACUGCCAGUGCCUCCUGAAGAGGGCGGAGUACUACGAGGUGCUGGAGCACACCAGCGACAUCCUGCGGCACCACCCAGGCAUCGUGAAGGCCUACUACGUGCGGGCCCGGGCUCACACCGAGGUGUGGAAUGAGGCAGAGGCCAAGGCAGACCUGGAGAAGGUGCUGGAGCUGGAGCCGGCCAUGCGCAAGGCGGUGCGCAGGGAGCUGAGGCUGCUGGAGAGCCGCCUGGAGGAGAAGCGGGAGGAGGAGCGGCUGCGCUGCCGGCAGAUGCUGGGCUAG